AUUAAUAUGAUUGGACUGGUGGGGCAGAGUCUGUCAGUAUUGUUUUUCUUCUUUUUCUUCUGGUUUGCAAUGAAAUUUUAUGGUUUCUUAAUGUAGGGUUUAUGUAGGGUCUAGCACUAGAAGUGUGUGUUUAGUGCUGUUCUGGCUUCCACAUUUGAGGAAGUUGCUUUUUUUUUUUUGAACUUGACUAAUCAGGAAUCUUUCUUAUAUUUUUGGUUCUAGGUAGUUCCGUUUCUUAUGUGGGUUUUGUUUGAAGAAGUAGAAACGUCUUGCAUCUUACUUAGGAAGUAACUUUCUGGCUUUCUUCAGCUGGGGAAGUUGAAUCGGGUUAGGAAUUACGAGCUAACUGCGCGGCACUGGAAGCAUAGCUCGAAUUCUUAUUGGUACCAAUGAUGCAUAAAAAAUGGAUUGGAGGCGUGCUUUUGCUCCUAUUUGGCAUGUUUACAAGUGUAUUAGGUGCAUUCAUCGGGAUAAACAUUGGGACCGACGUCUCGGACCUUCCAUCUGAGACAGAUACAGUUGCACUCCUUAAAGCCCAUCAAAUUUCACAUGUGCGCCUCUAUAAUGCUGAUACUCACAUGCUGAAAGCCCUUUCAAACAGUGGAAUUGAAGUAAUGGUAGGUGUCACAAAUGAGGAAAUCCUAGGGAUUGGACAGUCUCCAUCAACAGCAGCAGCCUGGAUUAAUAAAAAUGUUGCAGCUUAUUUGCCUUCAACCAAUAUUACAGCCAUUGCUGUUGGCAGUGAGGUUCUUACUUCAAUUCCUCAUGCUGCGCCGGUUUUGGUUUCUGCUAUGAAUUCCCUUCAUAAAGCCCUGGUUGCUUCAAACCUAAAUUAUCAGGUCAAAGUUUCAACUCCACAGUCCAUGGAUAUAAUCCCUAAGCCAUUCCCCCCGUCCACUGCCGGCUUUAAUUUAUCAUGGGGACCUACCAUUUACCAAAUCCUUCAGUUUAUAAAAAACACAAAUUCCUAUUACAUGCUAAAUGCCUAUCCUUAUUAUGGGUACACCGAGGGGAAUGGAAUUUUCCCGCUUGAUUAUGCUCUUUUCCGCCCACUUCCCUCUGUCAAGCAGAUUGUUGACCCAAACACUCUUUUCCAUUAUACCAGCAUGUUUGAUGCUAUGGUGGACGCUACCUAUUAUUCUAUAGAGGCUUUCAAUUUUUCUGGGAUCUCUAUUGUUGUCACAGAGUCUGGUUGGCCAUGGUUUGGUGGAUCCAAUGAACCGGAUGCCAACACAGGAAAUGCUCAGACGUACACAAAUAAUUUGAUUCAGCGAGUGUUAAAUGAUUCAGGUCCUCCCAGCCAGCCAAAGUUGCCCAUCAACACGUACAUUUAUGAGUUGUUCAAUGAAGACGAGAGGCCAGGACCAGUGUCGGGGAAAAAUUGGGGUGUGCUCUUUACGAAUGGGUCUUCUGUAUAUCCUUUAAGUUUGAGUACUUCCAAUCAAAUUACUGGGAAUUCUUCUGGGGUUUUCUGCGUGGCGAAAGCUGAUGCAGAUCCUGAUAAGUUGCAGGAUGGCUUAAACUGGGCUUGUGGGCAAGGCCAAGCUAACUGCACUCCUAUUCAAAAAGGGCAGCGGUGUUAUCUCCCCAAUACUAUUGCAAAUCAUGCUUCAUAUGCUUUUAAUGACUAUUAUCAAAAGAUGCAAAGUGUUGGCGGAACAUGUGACUUUGAUGACACCGCCAUGACAACUACUGUUGAUCCAAGUUAUGGAUCUUGUAAAUUUACCGGAAGUUCUAAUUCAAGCACAAUCGGGGGACUUACACCAGCGGCAAUUGCACCUUCAAGCGCCGUUGGAGGCUGGAGUUCAAAUCUACAAGUUUCCAAUCUUCAAUAUCUCAUACCGGCAACAUUUCUUGUAUUGCUUUUGCUUUGAGUUGAGGUGCCAUCCAGUUUGUUACCGUGUAGCAUAGUUAUAGCAGAACAUUCGAAAUAGCAUGAUUGAAAAGGACCUGGGAAGUGCACGGCAGCACAAGCUUGGUGACACAACUGGAAAUGUCCAUGUAUUAUAUCAUCAAUUUUGCUUGUGUUUCCAAUUUCUCAGUUUAUCUCUCCACCUCUACAAAUUCUGGGGAGUUUUGUGUAGUUCCAUUCAAUUGUAGGCAUUCUGAUGAAGUAGUGGCUAGACCUUGAUUUUUUCGCACCAACUUAACUAGAACGUAUUUUGUACCUUAUCAAUGAAAAAGUAAUUCUAGCUUA